CCGUUUUGCUUCCAGUCACCACCGAUGGGCACGAUGGCCAUGGCUAUUCCCGAGCUCGAAGAACACGACGGAGAUCAUGAAGAGAUUGAACUCGAUAUCGGCGAUCCAAAGGUCCACUUCUACCCGCCACUCCAUCUCCAACGCAGAAUUUGGAUACUAGACAUACUUCGUCGCGAGAACAUUGUAGAGUUACUCGAUGUUGGCUGUGGUGAAGGUCAACUACUCAGCGUCUUGGCCCAACCGGCGCCUUGGUUGCUUCCUCCCCCCGAAACGACCAUCCCAUCCGGCGAAGCUUACACCUAUAAAGUCGACAAUGCUAACCUUCACAUGCAACGCGUUGUUGGAAUCGAUAUUUCCGAAACCGACCUUGCGUUUGCGGUCAAGGAUACUCAGCCCCAGUCUGAGGACGCAUCUGACGGUUUUGGUCUGCCCGUAACGCGCUUCGAAAAGCUCUCCAUCAAACUGUUCAAGGGUGGCCUUCAGACUUUCAAUGAGGAAUUCGUUGGGAUCGACUGCAUCGUUUGCACCGAAGUAAUCGAGCACCUCCCACCAGAAAUUCUACCUACUCUCGCGCCGAUGCUCUUGGGCAUGUACAAUCCUCGCAGGUUGCUUAUCACAACGCCAUCCUAUACCUUCAAUGCUCGAUUCACUCGUCCUUCUGCUCCUCGAUCGCAACGCGAACGCCAAGGCUACCCUGACCCUACGGGUCGGACAGAUCGCAUAUUCAGGCAUUCAGACCACAAGUUUGAGUGGACUGUUGAAGAGUUCCAAGCCUGGUGUCGCGAAACUGCCGAAAGCUGGGAUUAUGAGUUGGAAGAAAUGGCUGGCGUUGGCAGACCGCUGGAAGAUGACCCCUGGGGACGUGAUCAAGAACUUGGAGAUGCAUCUCUCGUGGUGUCUUUCAUCCGCAAAGACCAUGUUUCCCAAGAACAUCGUGUGGAAAAGGCGCGCAGCGUAUUAGCUGCACUUAGUGUCACCGGAGACGCACACGAAUUGUUAGCGGAACAUCAGCAUAUAGCACAUUCAUCAUCUGGUCGUCCCGCCCCUGCCCUGGCCAUCGCAGAUAAAGUCAAGGCAAAAAUGGAAGAGUUGCGCGAGGCCAUCAUCCCUCUGGAACAGAUCUGGUUUGACCCUGCGGUCAGCACGCUAUGUGGCGGCUACAUCGAAGCUCUAAUAUGGGCUGUUGAAGAAUCGGAGUUGCUGAAUGUACUGCGCGCUCCAAAGGAAUGGUCUAUUGAGCUUGUGGGUGGGGUCACGCAGUUGCCGGAUUCUUUGUGGGCAGAGGAUGACCCAGAUAGUAGUUUGGAUUUGAUUCCUGAUGGUUGGAUUCCCGGACAAGACCCAGAUGAGGUUUAUGAAGAAGAAGAUGACGAUACUUCGUCCCUUUCAACAACAGGCGCUGACGGUAAUGUCUCGUGGAGCGGUUCCCAGUUUGAAGAGGAAGGUCAUGAGACGGUCUGGGCUAAAGAUGCGUGGGACGAGCGGAAUGCUGGCUGGGGCGAAGAGGCGUGCUGA